AUGCCUGCACCCACAGAUGAUUCAUUGUUCUUGAAAAAGACAGUCACAGUUUCGCCCUUAGUGCUCUUGUCAGUUGUUGAUCAUUUCAAUAGGGUUGCUAAAGACAGCAAGAAACGGGUUGUUGGUGUCCUAUUGGGAGACAACUCCUCUGACAUCAUAAAAGUCACCAAUUCUUUUGCCAUUCCUUUUGAAGAGGAUGAAAAGAACUCUUCUGUUUGGUUUUUAGAUCAUAACUUCAUCGAAUCAAUGGGUGAAAUGUUCAAGAAAAUUAAUGCUAAAGAGAAAUUGAUAGGCUGGUACCAUUCUGGUCCCAAGUUGAAGGGAUCUGAUUUGAAAAUUAACGAUGUAUUCAAAAGGUACACUUCCAAUCCUUUACUUGUGAUUGUGGACGUUCAACCUCGAACAGUUGGUAUCCCAACUGAUGCUUAUUUUGCCGUCGAUGAUAUAAAGCAUGAUGGCUCUAAGGCAGAAAGAACCUUCGUACACAUUCCAUCUUCAAUUGAAGCCGAGGAAGCCGAGGAAAUAGGUGUGGAACACUUAUUGCGGGACAUCAGAGAUCAGGCUGCGGGCAACUUGUCCUUGAGGGUUACCCAAACAUAUCAAUCUUUGUUGGGCUUACACCAAAAAUUAAGGGAAAUCGCAACAUAUCUCGAGAAAGUGUAUGCAAGAAAACUACCAAUGAAUCACUCCAUCCUUGGAAAAUUACAAAAUGUUUUCAACUUGUUACCCAAUUUGACUUACGGCGCAACUGAGGUCGAUGAUAUUACGAAAGCGGUACGUGCAGAUAACGUUGAGCAUUCCUCAAAUCCUUUGGCCACAGGUUUCACUGUAAAGACAAACGACGAAAUGAUGAUGGUAUAUGUGAGUACCUUAGUGAGAUCGAUUAUUGCCUUUCAUGAUUUAAUUGAAAAUAAAUUAGAGAACAAAAAAGUUCACGAGAAACGACAAGAGUCAAACGCGGAGGAUGUUGAGGUCGAAGUUCGCGAUUGA